UUGUUGCUGUCAGACAAAUGGGGAUAUGAGGCGAGAAUCAAUCAUGGCUGCUUCCUUGGUACGGUGGCUAAAAAGAUUGUACGUUUUCUUCGCGAUAUGUCCCCUAUGUGUCCCAGCCUUCUUGAACUUAGAGGAACUGAAUGAGAUGAAAUAUGGGAUUCAAAUUCUUCCCGACCCCGUCAUGUUGGGGCAGACCAAGGCAGAGGAGGUGAUGAUGGUGUCCAGUAAAUACAAGCAGCUGUAUGAGUGUCGACUUCCAGCCCAGGCCGUGAGGUUUCAUCAGGACCCUGCCUCUGAGCCUGACUCACAAGGGUACACCGGGCCUGACAUCCCAGACCUCCUCAGUCCAAUGCACACUAACCAGUGUCUAGUGAAGACGAAGGACUGGUGGACAUAUGAGUUCUGCCAUGGUCAGCAUAUCAGACAGUACCACAUGGAAGACACAGAAAUCAAAGGGGACAUUCUCUUCCUUGGUUAUUAUGAAUCUGAAUUUGAUUGGAGCAACGAAACAGCAAAGGCCUCCAAACAGCACAGGCUGAAGCGCUACCACAGUCAGACCUAUGUAAACGGCUCAAAGUGCGACCUCAAUGGAAAUCCCAGAGAGACAGAAGUCCGGUUUGUGUGUGAAGAAGGCUCGGGUGACUACAUCGCCCGGGUGGACGAGCCUCAGUCGUGCCGCUAUGUGCUGACGGUUCACACCAGUCGAACCUGCCAACAUCCUUUCCUGCGUCCGCCAUCCACUGCCAAGCCCCAGGGUAUCGUGUGCCAGCCGGCACUAAGUGCCCAACAGUACAUGGAUUAUGUCAAAGCUCAAGUCUCGGACACGAAGCGUAAAGUAGAGCAGAUCUCAGAGGAGCUAAGGAGUCUUGAUGAGAUGUUGGCAGGUAAUGAAGGGGCAGAUGGAGCAGUGGAAGUUACAGCAGAGGAGACAUCUCCUGCACCCAGUGAGGACCCGAACAUGUCGGACACAAAAGAUGCUGCUGCUGUGUCUGAGGAUGCUGGGUCAGAGGAGGCAGAAGAUUCUGAGUUCUGGGAGGGAGUCACAAAACCAGGGAGUUCAAAAACAAGUUCUCCUCAACAGGAGAAUCAGGCAGCAGAUGAUGGCUAUAACUCACUUACAGACAAUGAAGUCAUGGAUGAUGGUGAUGAAGCUGAAAAAUUCAACUUUAAAAUCAUCACUGACCCAGCAGACCUGAUGAAAUUCGUCCAACACCUGAAAGAGAGUAACAGGAAGAAAGCACAAAACCAAGCCAAAAGUCAAGGAGAGAAACCAAAAAGCGAGCGGGAAAUGGAGAAGGUCGGUGAGGAAGAGAAAGAUGAAGAUGAACGCCUGCUGCAGGAGUUUGAGGAUGAGAUGGCCGACCUCUCGGUGCCCUCUGAUAAGAUUGAAGAGAUAAAGGAGGAAAUGCAGAAGGAGUUCGACAACAUCAUAAAUGAGGCUCAGCAGGAAUUAGAGACAGAAGGUCUGAAGGGGGAGUUUGAUCGCACUCAAGCAACACAAACACUGGAAACGACACUGGACAAGCUACUCGAUCAUUUAGAGGAGAAAGACGUCCAGGACCCGGAGCAGCAAACGGCGGGAGUUCAAAGACCCAGCGACCCCACCAGAGGCAGCCCCAGCUUGGCUCCGAAGCAGCCAGACCAAGCGGCUGACGACCAUGUUAAGAUCAAAAUUACUAAGUAUAAGACGGGCAGCAGCCCUGAUGGGGAGGUGAAAGUUCAGGAGAUGGGCGAAGGAGACCCCCAGUGGCAGCACAUAAAGGACGUGGUUAAAGAACAGCUAGAGAAAGCAGGACUGAAGGCAGAAGGUAAGAUUGAGGUGAAGAUCCUGACGCGAAAAAACGCAGAGGAGACAGGUGAUCAGUGGCUGACUGAAGAGGAUACAAAGUCCUUCAGGGAGCUCCUCAUAAAUCUCCUGACUGGAGGCACAGAAGAGGUAUACAAAGAGCAAAAGAGGCAGCAGGAGUUGGAGAACAACUAUAGGUUUGUCUGGGGAGAAUCCCAGGAGGAGUCCCAGUCAUCCAGCACCUCCGACUCAGACGACGUGGACAUAUGAGCUCAUUCAGUACAUUCAGUGCACCUUUUGUGAUGGUGAACUCCUGUGGAGACCAGCAGGGAGGGGGACUCUGAAGUGCGGCCGCAAAUUUGAUAGAGAGCCCAGAUGAUUCAGUUACUGCUAUUAAACCUGGCGGAUAAUAUCAACCCACCUGUUUGCACAUUCAGAAAAUGUGUCCGUGUGUCUUGAAUAGGCAAUGUGUGUCUGUAGUAGGCACCAGUUUAUGUGUUGCACGAUGAAACCACAGCGUCUCAGCUGUACUUGUGCGGCUGAAUGAAGUUAUGCAUUUUCCCCUUUUUGAUGGGAUUCAGUUUUGAUAGAUGGUGAUGUACAAUAUAUACCUUUUUUUUAGAAAUAUGUCAGUGACUUUUACUGAAUAUGUGCAUCUAGCUCUGAAGUUGUCAGCAGCACACUGUUGAAUUGUUUGCAUUUGUCUUAUAUGUUGCUGUCCGCAAAGACGUCAUUACCUUUAAGUGACACAGCUGGGGGGGAACUGUGCAUGCCUCAACACACCAGAGGAGUGUUUGCACAGAGUGCUCAGUUUAGUGUUUACUACAAAGUAUGAUUGCGUCUGGAUUUGAAAAACAAAGGACAAACACUCGAGGGUUCACAUUCCAGUUCCCACUUGUCUUUGAAACUUUCUGACACGUUGCGUCUGGUGAUUAGAUUAAACACAACUGUAGAUUACAGAGGUGUUUGCGCACAUGCUGUGGCACUUUAUAUCUUUGGAAAAAAGGUUCUGUAUACUCUUUGUAACAUUGAUUCACAAAAAAAACUGUUUCCUUUAGGUUGUCUUGUGCUGUGAAAGGGAUGCAAAAGAAAAGCACUAAAAGGAGUGCAGGGAGAUGCAUCAUCUUAGUGUGUACUUUCAUUUCUGACAAGAAUUUAGUUGGCUUCAUUUCACAAAGAAAAACAAAGAAAGCUUCAGUGUCAGUCACGCUGAGUGUACCAAAACAAUGAAUCCAUACAAAACUUUUCUAAGGAUCCUUCAGAGGUGUACUUAAAAGGGCUGAAUUUGUAUAAUUUGUGAAUAAUUGUGACUACUUGGAACUCACCAUGUACAUAAUAAUGGCGUGAAUAGGUUUUUAAACUGAUUGGUUGUAUAUUAGCACAAAUUAGCUGGGACUUAAGUUACCUGUUGUGAAACUUGUGACUGUGCAAUCUUGUAUAUGAACCGUAAUUUCACUGUGGAGCUAAGGCGUAUACAAACUUCUCCAGACACACACGAUUGAGGCAUUUGUUCUCAAAGACGCCAGUGACCUGAGGCUCAAGAUCUGAUAAGAGUACACAGAAUAAAAAAAAAAAAAGCUUCGGGUGUGCGAGUAGGAGUGUUUCUUUACUUAGCCAACUGAAAUUGUCUUCUCAAAAAAUUAAGAUUGUUCUUGCUUGCUAUCGCACCCUUAAUGAUCCUGGGUCUGUAUCACAAAGUGACGUCAGUGAGCCAGUAAAGAAAAACCCAGAGAUAACAGAUCCUGUUUGUAAUCAGAUAACUGUUUUAUCAAGGAUCACCAAUGUGACACCAGGCAACUCAAAGAGCCAGCUCCCUCCUGCAGCUUAAAGGGAAACAAAUCACCAGUCCCAACAAUCCCUAACAAACAGGUGUGUCACAACAGUGGUGUGUCUCUGCAGUAGUCAUUUUGAUCGUCACACUUCAGCUGCACAUAUAUAAUUUGUUAACAGUGACAGCUCACAGUAGAUGCAGAGAUCCUUCAAUGGGGCUAUAUUACUGUAUAAACAACACCAUAUUGGUUUCAUACUCUGACAGAAGUCCAUUUGUGCUGCCUUGUCCUGUAAAUAAAAGUCUUUGAACACUGUUUCUUUGAAUAAAAGACACCACAUGAGUCUUCUGGACAUCAUCCAA